AUGAACGAGGCGAACGUGGAGCGUCUGGCAGCGACGCUCUGCCGGCUGCGCGGCGCGGCGCUCAAGGUGGGGCAGAUGCUCUCCUUCAACGACGCGGACGUGCUCCCUCCCGCGGUGCGCACGCUCAUGGAGCGAGUGAGGAACGGCGCGGACUGGAUGCCGGCGUGGCAGCUGGAGGAGUCUCUGCGGCGGGAGCUGGGCGACCGGUGGAGAGAGCACGUCGAGGCGUUUGACGAGGAGCCGGUCGCCGCAGCCUCGAUCGGGCAGGUGCACCGCGCGACGCUGGUCGACGGGCGGAGGGUCGCAAUCAAAGUGCAGUACCCGGGCGUCUCCGACUCGAUCGUGUCCGACUUGUGGUCGAUGCGUCAGCUCGUCACGUACACCGGCGUGGUCCCUCCCGGCCUCUACCUCGACCGGGUGCUCGAGGUGGCGCGCGAGGAGCUGCUGGAGGAGUGCGACUACGAGCGCGAACAAGAAAAAACCGGCGGCCAAAAGGAAAGAAACCCUGGCCGUGCCCGCCGUCGUGCCGCAGCUCUCCUCGAAGGCGCCUGGCCCUGCAGCGCAACGCCUCACGUGCUGACAACAGAGUGGAUGGCGGGACUGCCCAUCGACAAGGCGGCCGCGGAGGGCGCCAUCGAGCCCGCGGAGCGCGACCGGAUCGGGGAGAGGCUGCUGUGGCUGACCCUCUCGGAGCUCUUCAAGUUUCGCUUCAUGCAGACGGAUCCCAACUGGUCCAACUUUCUGUACGAGCCGCGCACGCGCCAGCUGUCGAUGAUUGACUUUGGCGCGUGCCGCGAGUACGACGCGCCCUUCGCAGCCUCGUACCUCCGGCUUGCACAGCGCGAGGCCAUCUUGCACCACUCGCGAGAGCUCGGCUUCCUCACAGGCGAGGAGGGACGCACGAUGCUCGACGCGCACACGCGCGCUGCGGUCCUCGUCGGCAGGCCCUUUGCGGACGGCGAGCAGCCGUACGACUUUGGCAAGCAGACCAUCUCGAAGCGCGUCACCGGCGAUGUGCAGACGAUGCUGCGCGAGCGGCUGACGCCGCCUCGCAAGGAGAUCUACUCGCUUCACCGGAGGCUCAACGCCUGCUUCCGUGCUUGUGAUGAAAGGGUCCGUUACUCUUAG